AUGAACGGUGGUGGCGACAGUGGAGAGGUGGCAUCAGCUGCGGCGGGCCCACCCGCGCCGCUGGAGUGGAAAUUCUCCCAGGUUUUCGGCGAGAGGGCGGUCGGGGAGGAGGUGCAGGAAGUUGAUAUAAUCUCUGCAAUUGAGUUUGACAAAUCUGGUGACCAUCUAGCUACCGGUGACCGUGGUGGAAGAGUAGUGCUAUUUGAAAGGAUUGAUACAAAAGAGCAUGGUGGAAAUCGGAGAGAUUUAGAGAGGAUAGAUUAUCCAGUCCGACACCCAGAAUUCCGUUAUAAAACAGAAUUUCAAAGCCAUGAACCUGAGUUUGAUUAUCUAAAAAGUUUGGAGAUUGAGGAGAAAAUCAACAAGAUUAGGUGGUGCCAGGCAGCUAAUGGUGCCCUCUUUCUUCUGUCUACUAAUGACAAAACCAUUAAGUUUUGGAAGGUCCAGGAGAAGAAAGUGAAGAAAAUUUCAGAUAUAAAUGAUGUCCCAUCUAAAGUUUCCGGAAACGGUAUUGUUGCAAGUUCUAGUGUUUCCCCAAAUCCUAAGCAGAGUCUUGCUAAUGGAGGCCAUUCAGACCGAUCUUACAACAGUUUGAGCGAUGACUUGUCCUUUCCACCUGGGGGCAUUUCUUCACUGCGGUUGCCAGUGGUAGUUACAAGCAGUGAGACGAGCCUGCAUGCCAGAUGCAGGAGAGUAUAUGCACAUGCGCAUGAUUACCAUAUCAAUUCAAUAUCAAAUAACAGUGAUGGUGAAACAUUUAUAUCAGCCGAUGAUCUACGGAUAAAUCUUUGGAACUUGGAAAUAAGCAAUCAAAGUUUUAACAUUGUUGACGUGAAGCCCACCAACAUGGAGGAUCUGACUGAGGUAAUAACAUCAGCCGAAUUUCAUCCUACCCACUGCAAUACAUUAGCAUAUAGCAGUUCAAAAGGAUCAAUCCGUCUCAUUGAUUUGCGGCAAUCUGCAUUAUGUGAUUCACAUUCUAAGAUUUUUGAGGAACCAGAGGCACCAGGAUCAAGAUCUUUUUUCACUGAGAUUAUUGCUUCUAUAUCGGAUAUUAAGUUUGCGAGGGAUGGCAGACAUAUACUGAGUCGUGAUUACAUGACCCUUAAGUUGUGGGAUAUAAAUAUGGAUUCUGGCCCAGUGGCGACCUUUCAAGUUCACGAGUAUCUGAGACCGAAGCUUUGUGAUUUGUAUGAAAAUGAUUCUAUAUUCGACAAAUUUGAGUGCUGCCUGAGUGGUGACGGUCUUCGAGUAUCAACUGGUUCUUACAGCAACCUGUUCCGAGUGUUCGGCUGUGCCCCAGGCAGUACCGAGGCAACUACACUGGAAGCGAGCAAAAACCCGAUGAGGAGGCAAGUGCAGACCCCUUCAAGGCCUUCCAGAUCCUUGAGCAGCAGCAUCACUCGUGUCGUCCGACGAGGUUCAGAAAGUCCAGGAGUUGAUGCCAAUGGGAAUACAUUCGAUUUCACCACAAAGCUGCUCCACCUGGCAUGGCAUCCCUCUGAAAACUCGAUAGCCUGUGCUGCUGCAAAUAGCCUGUACAUGUACUAUGCAUAA